GAAGCCCGGCUCAGGCGGCGGGGGAUAGUUAAGACCACGGAUACUCUCGCCUGCUGCGGGGACCCGGCUCUCGUCUGCCGCCGGGGCUCGGGCCCCCCGGGCCGGGGAUGGAGGCGGCCGGCGAGCCCGGGACCCGUUCCUGGCUCGGCGGCGGCUCGCCGCUCUGGGGCAGCCCGGCCUCCAGCCCCGAUCUGGGGAGCAGAGGCCGCGCGCGGCCGGGGCCGGGGCCCGGGCCAGGGUCCGGGCCGGGGUCAGGGCCAGAGCGGGCGGGCGGCAGGACCCCUGGCUCCGCCGCGCUGGGCCACAGCUUCCGGAAAGUGACGCUCACCAAGCCCACCUUCUGCCACCUCUGCUCCGACUUCAUCUGGGGGCUGGCCGGCUUUCUCUGCGACGUGUGCAACUUCAUGUCCCAUGAGAAGUGCCUGAAGCACGUGAAGACCCCUUGUCCCAGCGUGGCACCCAGUCUGGUCCGCGUACCUGUAGCCCAUUGCUUUGGACCCCGGGGGCUCUACAAGCGCAAGUUCUGCGCCGUGUGCCGCAAGGGCCUGGAGGCACCCGCGCUCCGCUGUGAAGUGUGUGAGCUGCACGUUCACCCCGACUGUGUGCCCUUCGCCUGCAGCGACUGCCGCCAGUGCCACCAGGACGGGCACCGGGACCACGACACGCAUCACCACCACUGGCGGGAGGGGAACCUGCCUUCCAGCGCGCGCUGCGAGGUCUGCAGGAAGGCGUGCGGCUCCUCAGAUGUGCUCGCUGGCCUGCGCUGCGAGUGGUGCGGCAUCCAGGCCCACUCAGUCUGCUGCGCGGCGCUCGCCCCCGAGUGCACUUUUGGGCGCCUGCGCACCAUGAUCCUGCCCCCCGCUUGCGUGCGCCUGUUGUCCCGCAACUUCAGCAAGAUGCACUGCUUCCGCAUCUCUGAGAGUGAGCCAGGCGAAGGGGACGAGAGCGUGGACGGAAGCGCCCCCGCCACCGGCCCUGCCAAAGACGUGCUUGCGUCCGAAUCCGGCAAGCAGACCCUGAAGAUCUUUGAUGGCAGCGACGCUGUGCAGCGAAAUCACUUUCGUGUCAUCAGCGUCCCGCGCCUGGCCAGGAGCGAGGAGGUGCUGGAGGCCGCACUGCGGGCCUUCUACAUCACGGAGGACCCCCGAGACUUCGAGCUGCAGGCGCUCCCCUCAACUGUACAGACUGGUGACCCGGGGGGCCAGGGAAAGGCACGGAGUGGUGGGACUUUGGAGGAGGAGGGCAGCCGGGGCCCCGGCGCCCGAGAGGCCAGUCCUGAGGCCUGGACCAUCCGAGCUCUGCCCCGACCGGAGGAGGUCCUGAAGAUCUACCCUGCCUGGCUCAAGGUGGGUGUGGCCUACGUGUCCCUCCGUGUGACCCCACAGAGCACUGCGCGGACUGUGGUCCUGGAGGUGCUCCCACUGCUCGGUCGCCAGGCCGAGGGUCCUGAGAGCUUCCAGCUGGUGGAGGUGCUCAUGGGCAGCAGGCAAGUCCAGCGGACAGUACUGGCCGAGGAGGAGCUUUUGCUCGACCGGCUCCAAGACAUCCGGAAGACAUCCCUGCGGCAGAUGAGUCAGACGCGCUUCUACGUGGCUGAGAGCAGGGCUGUGGUCCCACGCGUCUCUCUGUUUGUUGGUGGCCUGCCUCCUGGUCUGUCUCCCCAGGAGUAUGGCAACCUCCUGGAGGAGGCUGUGGCCACCAAAGCUGGCCUGGUGUCCCUCAGCCACAUCUACUCCUCGCAAGGUGCUGUGGUGCUGGACGUGGCCUGCUUUGCAGAGGCUGAGCGGCUGUACAUGCUAGUCAGGGACACGGCUGUGCAUGGCCGGCCACUGACCGCCCUGGUGCUCCCGGAUGUGCUGCACACCAAGCUGCCCCCAGACUGCCGCCCCCUCCUCGUGUUUGUGAACCCGAAGAGUGGAGGCCUCAAGGGCCGUGACCUACUCUGCAGUUUCCGGAAGCUGCUAAACCCUCACCAGGUCUUUGAGCUGACCAACGGGGGGCCUCUUCCUGGGUUCCACGUGUUCUCCCAGGUGCCCUGCUUCCGGGUGUUGGUGUGUGGUGGGGACGGCACCGUGGGCUGGGUGCUGGCCGCCCUGGAGGAGAUGCGGUACCAUCUGGCCUGCCCGGAGCCUUCUGUGGCCAUCCUGCCCCUGGGCACAGGAAAUGACCUUGGCCGGGUCCUACGCUGGGGGGCAGGCUACAGUGGCGAGGACCCACUCUCCGUGCUGGUGUCAGUGGACGAGGCUGACGCUGUGCUCAUGGACCGCUGGACCAUCCUGCUGGAUGGUCACGAGGCCAGCAGUGCGGAGAAUGGCCUGGCCGACAUGGAGCCCCCUAAGAUAGUACAGAUGAGCAACUACUGUGGGAUUGGCAUCGACGCAGAGCUAAGCCUGGACUUCCACCAGGCGCGAGAAGAGGAGCCCGGCAAGUUUACGAGCAGGUUCCACAACAAGGGUGUGUACGUGCGGGUCGGGCUGCAGAAGAUGAGCCACUCCCGCAGCCUACACAAGGAGCUCCGGCUGCAGGUCGGGCAGCAGGAGGUGGAGCUGCCCAGCAUCGAGGGCCUCAUCUUCAUCAACAUCCCCAGCUGGGGGUCGGGCGCGGACCUGUGGGGUUCCGACAGUGACUCGCGCUUUGAGAAGCCACGAAUGGACGACGGGCUGCUGGAGGUGGUGGGGGUGACGGGCGUCAUGCACAUGGGCCAGGUCCAGGGGGGGCUGCGCUCCGGCAUCCGCAUUGCCCAAGGCUCCUACUUCCGCGUCACCCUUCUCAAGCCCACACCUGUGCAGGUCGACGGUGAGCCCUGGGUCCAGGCUCCCGGGCACAUGAUCAUCUCGGCCGCAAGCCCGAAGGUCCACAUGCUCAGGAAGACCAAGCAGAAGCCCAAGAAAGCCGGGACCCCCAAGGAUACACGAGCAGAUGGGGUGCCUGCCCCUGAGGGGGACCCCAAGUAGAGGACGGCCCGGAAUAGGGUGUGCCCACCCUGCAGCAGCGGCUGGCAGUGGAUGGACUUGCCUGAGGACCCAUCUCGGGGCACUCCUCCCCACACCACUACCUUUGCACCAGUGACAGGGUGGGCGGGGGCUCUGGCGAGCCAAUCCCCUUGCUCCCAGGUCACCAUCAUGGAGGACAGGCAUGCUUCCUUUUGUACCACAGCCACCUGAGCCCUUCAAGCUGGUAGCACCAGACCUCAUUGGUGCCCCUUGGGCAGUCCCCCGGGAUGUGUGUACAGAGCAGCUGGCUCCAUGGGCCCUGGGUACCCAGCACAUGUGGGGCGCCCACCAUCAGCUCCUCUGGUCUCACGUCACCACGGAGGACUAGGUGUGGGCACCUGCUGUUUGCUUUCUCUCCUGGCUUUGUCACCGGGAGUGACAGGGCUGCACUACAGAGGGCCCUGAGGCCAGUGGGCUUAGCCACCAUCUGGAAGAUGGAGUAUAGUGCCCAGGAGGCAGCUGGAGGGGGUGGGGCACAGCGUGCCUGGAAGGGACCAGAAGCAAACCCCUGCAAGCCUAGCCUGCAGGCCCAAAGGGCGUCCAGUAGAGUGAGGUGUGCAGGAGCCGGCUUUCAUCACCGAGCUUUAAUCACCAAGGCCAACGACUGACACUGCAGCCCCCAGGCCUACUCAGCAGACAGGACUUCGUAGUCUCAGUGCUUUCCCACAGGGACACCUGGUGAUGGGGGACGUGGCUGCUGGGCAGGCCACCCCACGCCUUGUCUCAGACCCCAGGUGGACCCUGAGCAAACAUUCAGUGUACCUGGGGAAUCUGGGCCCCACCCUACCAUCCGUCCCCUUGCUGCUGGUGCCGUCUGGUGGGGCUGGGUCCCUGGUACCCUGGCGGCCUUUGCCCUCAGCCGCAGCCCACCCAGCUGUGCCCCCAAGCUUCUGCCAAAAUCACACUGACAACUGCACUGACAGCCUUUGGCGGUCAUGUGCCUCCUCGUGCCUGUCCCAUGAUGUAAUUAGUCUCUGCUUUGCAGUCCCUGCUGGUGACGGGUCUGCAGGACUUACUGUAAACUGUGCCUAGGGGGAAGCUGUCCUGUGCCCAGGUGGGGCCGUGGGCCUGCAGUGUCCUCUUCUGUAGCCACACCUCCUGAACCCUGCGUAACUUAUAUCUUCAACAAAUGCA